CCAGGUCACUUAGAUCAAGGUUAAAUAAGAUAGUAUUUAUUCUACUGUGAUUCAGUACUAACAGUGAAAAUAUUGAUAUUGACGUAUACAGAUAUGUAUUAUUAUUUGAUCAUAAUUCUGAGUAUUGUGAAAUGCGAUGCAGCUUUUUCUCAAGGUCAAGUCGUAGCAACAGUGACCUCACAUCAUAUAGAAGAGGCUUCUGGGGUAGCUGCCAGUAGAACACAUCCAGGAGUUUUAUAUACUCAUAAUGACCACGGAGAUGGACCUAAUAUUUACGUCAUAGACAGUGUGACAGGACACCGCAUAUCUACAAUUACAGUAAAUGGCGCCCACAAUUCUGACUGGGAAGAUAUUGCGUAUGGCCCAUGUGAUGCCGGAUACUGUUUAUACGUUGGUGAUACGGGUGAUGCUGGCGCCAAGAACAUUAUUUACAUGAUACGAGAACCAGCUUCUGUACAAAGCAACCAGCAUGUGGACGUCUACAAACAAUUACAUUUCUCGUGGUCAGAAAUUGACUGUGAAACCUUGUUGGUUGACCCACGAGGUGAAAUCUACAUAAUUUCAAAAGUUAAAAACCAGGCUGCUAAAGCGGCCCACGUCCCUUCAAGUGCUUGGAAUAGUGGUACAACAGUCGCCUUGACAAACAUUGUCUCUCUGUCCUUCCAUACAGCCAAUAAUGACCCCACAGGCGGCGACAUUUCGCCCAACGGUCAAGAAUUGUUAUUGGUUUCUCAUCACAAAAUGUUCUACUGGAACAUUCCGAACGGUGAUGUGCUUACCGCAUUGCAAUCCGAUCCUAUAGAAGUACCAUACCACGAUGAACCUCAAGGAGAGGCUGUAUGUUGGGAUGCUAAAGGUCAAGGUUAUUUCACCCUUAGUGAGGGGAAAAAUCAACCUUUAUACUAUUAUGGUAGAUCCUAAUUAUUGCAUAUGAUGUUUACAUAUGAUAUUUUGGGCACAAUGAACAAAUGGCAUCUGUAUAUAACUACUUUUAUCAAUAUAUUUGUGUCAAUAAAAAUUUCACAUGAA